AUGUAUGUGUUUGAUCCAACCGCAGACGCAGCCGCAGGCUUGAGAUUAGAGAUGGCGUUUCCUCAACAUGGUUUUAUGUUCCAACAACUCCAUGAAGACAAUACUCAUGAUCAACUCCCUUCUUGUCCUCCUCUCUUCAAUGGAGGAGGGAACUACAUGAUGAACAGAUCCAUGUCGUUAACGAACGUGCAAGAGGAUCACCAUCAAUCCGUUGAUGAGGAGAAUCUGUCAGACGAUGGGUCACAUAUGAUGCUAGGAGAGAAGAAAAAGAGGUUGCAAUUAGAGCAAGUUAAGGCGUUAGAGAAGAGCUUCGAGAUUGGGAACAAGCUGGAGCCAGAGAGGAAGAUACAACUAGCUAAAGCAUUAGGGAUGCAACCGAGACAGAUCGCCAUUUGGUUUCAAAACAGAAGAGCUAGGUGGAAGACUAGACAGCUCGAGAGAGAUUAUGAUUCACUCAAGAAACAGUUUGAGUCUCUUAAAUCCGACAAUGACUCUCUUCUUGCCCACAACAAGAAACUCCUCGCUGAGGUAAUGGCUCUAAAGAACAAAGAGUGUAAUGAAGCAAACAUAAUAAAGAGAGAAGCAGAAGCUUCAUGGAGCAACAAUGGAAGCACAGAGAAUAGCUCAGGUAUCAAUCUGGAGAUGCCUAGAGAGACAACUACGACACAUGUCAACACGAUCAAAGAUCUUUUCCCUUCAUCGAUUAGAUCAUCUGCACAUCAUCGUGAUCAUGAUGAUGAUGAUGAUCAUCAUCAGAAUCAUGAAUUGGUUCAAGAGGAGAGCUUUUGUAACAUGUUUAAUGGCAUUGAAGAAACGACGUCAGCUGGUUACUGGGCAUGGUCUGACCCAAACCACAACCAACACCACCACCAAUUCAACUGA